GAGCAGCGCACGAACAUCUUCGCCACAUGGCGUCGAGAUGCGCUAGGCCGCCUUGUGCAACGGCGAUCUGCGGAGGCGGCGCUUCUGGCCGCGCAGUCCUUUGCCCCUGCUGGCAAAGCGAUGCUUCCAGGCCUCGGAGCAUCUGCACUUCUCACAGGCGGCAGCAGCAGCAGCCGGAGCGGCAGCAAGACGAAAGUGGAGGACGCACCUUUGCCACUCUACGCUGUGCGGUGGCACCACGCAACACCAGCAGAGAACCCGGCGCAAGGGGAGGCCGCGCCGGUGGUCCUGAAGCUCAGUUCGGAGGCGAUCGCCGAAGGUGAUCUUCAGAGGGCGCUGGAAGCCGCGAAGAAGGGAUCGCAGAUCGUGGCUGUGGCGCUGCCCACGCGCGGUGCCUUCUGCAGCCAGGAGGAAGAGGUUCAGCUCAGCUGGCACUUCGUGCAGCUUGUACAGAGGCUGCUUGAAGCCGGCGUGGGGGCUCGCCUGCUUGUGGUGUGCCCUGCAGCUGCAACUGGAGCGAUGGCUGCUGGCGCAAGUAAGGCAGCCGCAAUGGAAGACUCGUCACUGAAGAUCCAACGCAUCUUCGUCCCUGUGGACUGCCUGCAGAGGAUCGACGACCUCGUGUCUCGGCUCUGUGCUCUCUCGUCGGCACACAAAGAUGAGACGGACCUGUGGCUCCGGGAUGCCUCGCUGCGCGGCCUUCCUUUUGUGCCACGGCUGGAGCGGAUGCCUGCCGGAAGCGCUAAGGCCCUGCGUCUGCACACGAAGGGCUUCGACGGGGAGCCUGCGAAGCUGCUGCUGACGGGAGCCACCGGCGGCCUAGGAAAGGCCGUGGUGUCCUGGCUUAUGAAGGAGCAGGGAUUCCAGCCUGAGCAGCUGCUGCUCUUGCGCCGGGCGGGCUCCAGCAAGCUUGAGGGGGAGCUUGCGCGUUGCACCGUGGUAGAGGCCGCCAAGGUGGACUGCCAGGAGAUGCUGAAAGAAGCACUGAAAGAGGUGCAGGGCAUCUCGGGAAUCCUUCAUUUGGCCGGAGUGCUCGAUGAUGGGGUCGUCGGAGGAAUGACGGAGGACAGGAUGCGGAAGGUAGCCCAACCCAAGUGUGGAAUGCUGACGGCGCUGCUGAAUGCUGCGAAGGAGCUCCAGUGGCCUUUGCAGUGGACCCUGGGCUUCUCAUCCACGUCCUCGCUGUUCGGCUAUGCCGGGCAGGUAAAUUACUGCGCGGCCAAUGCGCUGCUAGACCAGCUUGCUGCAUUCAGCAGCGAGACGGCGCGUCCUGAGGCUGUCGAGACUAAUUAUCGGAUUGAUUUGUUUUCACACGUGUUCAGGGUUAUUUUAUGGCUUGCUGCUAUUGCUGCUCACCUUCUUAUAGUUAUGCAGCUAUGCAGUUCAUGUAUCAUCAUACCCUGCAUCGCAUACUAA